CAAGGAGCAUUAUUUUCUCCCCUCUCGUUGCUAAUAGUCUAGAUAGUUGGGAGUUUGUGUGUGUGGCUUUUUGGCGAGGAACUGGACUUGACUGGAGACUACGAGACACAUACAUUACUCAGCGAGUAACCAAGCUCCCUGCUCACACGUGCUCGCGCUCACUCACCCUCCAGCCAACAUGCAGCGGGCGAUCUCGGUGACUUUUCUAGCGGCGCUGCUGUCGCUGAGUCUGGUAUCCAUUGCACUGGCCGAAGUGGACCUUGAGCCUAAGGACAAGACGUUCUGUAUUGGCGUCAAGUGUCUCACCGUGGCCCAGAUGCGCUGCAAGGACUGGACGAUGGGCGUCUGCUGCCCCAUGUGUCUGCUGGACGAAGAAGACAGAUGCGUGUCGCCGUUCAAAGAGAUGCCGACGUUGGCGAGGAAGUGCAAGGAGGGACUACGUUGUCACAAGAAAAGUGGACGCUGUGUCAAGGACCAGUACUAACGACAUUCCAGGACCGAGGGGAGGAACAGUUUGAAAUGGCCAGUGACAGGCGAGGAGGAGGUCAGUGCUGGGUGCCAGGUUUUCCACACUUCCCGGGUCCAGAGGCGCCGCUAUCUAUGUGUGUGUUGUCCAAAAAUGAAGUCUGUUGUAAGAAGAAAAAGAAG